AUGUACACCCUGAACUUCGGCAUGCGGCUCCUGGCCGCAGGCGCAGCGCUCUGUGGAGUGAUGGGAGUCUCGGGACUUUCAGCGGCAGAGUGGCGCAAGCAGUCUAUCUACCAGGUUGUCACCGAUCGAUUCGCCCGCACCGAUCUUUCGACUACGGCACCAUGCGAUACCACUCACCAAGUGUACUGCGGCGGGACCUGGAGGGGACUCAUCUCGAAGCUGGACUAUAUCCAAGGCAUGGGCUUCACAGCUGUUUGGAUCUCGCCUGUUGUCAAGCAGAUUGAUGGAAACUCAAGGGAUGGAUCGUCCUAUCAUGGGUACUGGGCCAAGGACAUUUGGGCUCUGAACCCAGCGUUCGGCAACGAGGACGACCUGAAGGCCUUGUCCACGGCGCUCCACGCGCGAGGAAUGUAUCUUAUGGUGGAUAUUGUCACCAACCACAUGGCGCACAUGGGCUGUGCUAACUGUGUUGACUAUGGUGCUCUCAGCCCCUUUUCGUCGUCUUCGUACUAUCACCCUCCCUGUUGGAUCAAUUACAACAGCCAAACUUCAGUCGAACAAUGCUGGCAAGGAAGCGACACCGUCAGUCUCCCAGAUCUUCGGACUUCAGACCCCAAUGUGCGUCGGAUUUGGAACGAGUGGAUUUCUCACCUUGUUUCUACCUAUUCCAUUGAUGGUCUACGAGUCGACAGUGCAAAGCAUGUCGAGACAUCGUUUUGGUCUGGAUUCAAUGCCGCGGCGGGCGUAUACUUGACGGGUGAGGUGUACCAUGGCGACGCUCUUUAUGUCGCGCCAUACCAAUACUACAUGGAUGGCGUCCUUGAUUAUCCUAGCUACUAUUACAUCCUCCGGGCUUUCCAGUCCACCAGCGGUAGCAUCAGCGCGCUCGUGGCUGGUCUCGAUACAAUCAAGGGCGUUGCGAAGGAUCUCAGUCUUUGGGGCUCGUUCCUAGAGAAUCACGACGUGGAGCGCUUCGCUUCCUUUACCAAGGAUAUGGCGCUGGCAAAGAAUGGAAUCGCUGUCACGAUGCUGAAGGAUGGUAUCCCCAUCAUCUACCAGGGACAAGAACAACACUAUGCCGGCACAGGAACCCCCAACAAUCGCGAGGCUGUCUGGUAUUCGGGCUACUCGACCAGCUCGGAACUCUACCAAUGGAUCACCAAGCUUAACCAGAUUCGGUCGCACGCCAUCUCGCAAGACUCGAAAUACCUCACUUAUAACGCCCACACCAUCUACUCAGACAGCCGCACCAUUGUUCUCCGAAAGGGGUUCACAGGAGCUCAGGUUAUCGGUGUUUACACCAACGCCGGCUCCUCCUCGUCGGUGCCUGUUACCUUGGUCUCUUCGGCCACUGGCUUCACCCCCAACCAGGCCUUGAUUGAUGUCAUGAGCUGCACCCCUUACACCACAGAUGGAGGUGGUGGUAUCACCGUCACGCUCAAUGGCGGUGUUUCAAGGGUGCUCUACCCAGCCUCUCGCCUCGCCGGAAGUGGCAUCUGCCCUUCCCUGACUGGCCCGCCGACUGCGACAUCAACGACCGCUGCCCCAACUGCCACCCCGACAGCCAAUCCCAGCUGCUCCUUAGCCACGGUCGAUAUCACUUUCAACCACCUCGUGUCCACGUCUUUCGGCGACUCAGUCAAGGUCACUGGAAAUGUGGCCGCUCUCGGCAACUGGAACCCAACCAACGGCGUUGCGCUCAACGCAUCGCAGUACACCAACAACAACCCUCUCUGGACCGGGACUCUGAAGCUUGCCCCUGGGACCAACAUCCAAUACAAGUUUGUCAAGGUCAGCAGCUCAGGUGCGGCGUCGUGGGAGUCGGACCCCAACCGAUCUUACACUGUCCCCUGUGCGGCGGCAUCGGUGGGGAGCUCAUGGAAAUGA